ACCGCCGGCCACUUCUUCACCAGCAGCAGCAACCCGUCUCCCGUCCUGUCCCCUCGGCACUGCCCAUUGCCUUUCCCUCGAGCCUAUUUACAUAGUUCCCCGGCCAGCCGUCUCCCUCUCUGGUCGCCUCAUAUACAAAGCCAGCCCAGACAGACAAUGCUGUGCAUGCCAUCGUGCAGCUGCUAGCUAGCUAGGCUUCUUAUAAAGAGCCCAGCCAGCACACCGAUCCACUAGUAAUAAGCUGUAGCUAGCUAGCUCUUUUCCGGUCUGCUCUUCAUGGGAGGCAGCGUGAAGCGGCUAGUGCUGGGCCUGUUGGGGGCGGUCGGUGGUGGUGGAGGCCACGGCGGCAAGAAGAGGACUAGAAGAAGGCAUCAGCAUCAGCAGCAGCUGCAGCUGCAGCUGCAGCUGCAGACAGUGGUAGUGGAGCUCAGGGUCCGGAUGGACUGCGAGCGGUGCGAGCGCCAGGUCAAGAAGGCCCUCGCCGGAAUCACAGGGGUGGAGCAUGUUGAGGUGAGCAGAAGGCAGCAGAGGGUGACCGUCACUGGCAACGUGGACCCACACAAGGUCCUGCGGCAGGCCCAGUUGACAGGGAAGAAGGCAGAGCUGUGGCGGACCCAGAACAACCCUGCCUACAGCAGCACGGCCGACAUGGCCCUCUACGGCAUGGGAGCAGCAGCCCAGGCCCAUGAAAGGUGGGCCGCUGCUGUCCCGUACCAGAGGAACCCCGAUGCCACCACCCUCAGCGCCGAGCACAUCACCGACUUGUUCAGCGACGACAACCCCAACGCCUGCUUCAUCAUGUGAUUCCAUUGCGUUUCACAUAAUUUUAGCGCAUGAGUGAAUUAGAUUGCACUUCUGAUUCAAUACAACCCCCAUAUUCUUACGAAAAACACAAAGACGGUCCAGAUUACUCCGUACCCCUUCAUAAAAAAGGGCAUGAUGGACAUUAAACAAUAUUUCCUACUAUUAUUUCUGUAUGGUUUCGAACAA